AAAUGGCGUAAGGAAAAUGGCGUCGACGACAUACUAAGCAGCUACAAGAUACCGGAACUGGUGAAGGAGAAUUUUCCAGGCGUAAUACUUCACCCGUGCAAGGACGGACGGCCGAUGUGGCUUAUUCCAGCAGGAAUCGACUUGAAAGCACUUGUGGCGGCCCUGACCCCAGCCGUUGUGCUGCGACACUGCAUCUACAUGCUGGAAUAUACGGAAUCACUGAAACGAUCCGAAUCAAAAGGGGCAGCAGCAGAAAUGGAGACCCACUACCUGGUUAUUGACGAUGAAAAUUUCGCCCUUCGUCAGGUCUACAGCUGGCAGGCCGUAAAGACCAUCACGGACAUUCUGCAAACAAUGGAGGACCACUUCCCCGAGUGUCUAGAGAAGUGUAUUAUUAUAAACGUGCCCCCCUUUUUCCCCAUCACGUGGAAGCUGAUGCAGCCCUUCUUGACACAGAGGACGAUCGACAAAGUGGAAAUCUUCGCAAAAGCGGACGCCUGGAAGGAGCGGCUGGUGGACAUCGUUGGCGCAGCCUCCCUUCCCGCCCACUGGGGAGGGGACAUGGUCGGCCCUGACGGAGAUCCCCGAUGCAGGCACAUGGUCAACUACGGUGGUCGCUUCAAAGAACGCCCAGAUCGGCCGGCAUGGUCUCUGUUCGACGAGCCGGGCGUCAAGAAGCAGACGAUAGGUCGGCGGGACCGCUGGGAGCUGCAGGUGAACGUGUCGUGCCCGGGAGUGCAGCUCAGUUGGCGUUUCCAGACGGCCGCGGGAGACGUGGCCUUCGGAUUGCGCAUGUGCGAUGGAGAAUCUCUGCUGCCCCUCCGACGCAUCGACGCAAGCGGUCAGAUUCCACAGGAAGGCAGCUGGCACUGCGCGCGGGCCGGAACAUACGUGCUCCAGUUCGACAACUCCUACAGCUGGAUGACGGACAAGAAGCUGGCCUACGUCGUCAAAGUGCAGACGUCGGAUGAGAGCCAUGUGCCUUAGGAUGUACCAAAUAAAUACAUUUGUUUUGUGCGCUGGUUAACUGAACUCUAAGGAGAAAAGUAAGGCUGUACUGGACAAUUAUGCUUUGAAAUAGCAAAAAAAAGCAAGUAACGAAAACUCGCUAGCAUAUCUGGAGAGAAAGCUCAGAACACCAGGAAAUACACUAAAGCAGGACAAGCGGCAACGCCACCUCGAAGUUGUCGCACCAGCCAGCUCCCUAUUACGUCACUUUGACAGAGCCUCCUCGGGCCCAGUUUAUUGUUAAUCAAUAAAAACUC